ACACUUUCUUCCGCUAACUGCGUUCGUUCUGCAUUUCGCCUGGCGACUCAACGUUCACCAUAGCUCCUCCAGCCUCUUAACGCUGCCAUAAAAUGGGUGUUGUGUCCAGUUGCUGCGAAUCUUGCUUCCGCUCACGCAAAUCGCAGUCAUACGAGCCAUUACUGCUGGAGAACGAACGGGAAGCUGUUGCUGAUUUGCUGCAGUACCUUGAGAACCGGACAACGACCAACUUCUUCUCGGGAUCACCACUUUCCGCGUUGACAACACUCUCGUUUUCUGACAAUGUUGAUCUCCAACGGAGUGCUGCUCUUGCUUUCGCAGAAAUUACUGAGAAAGAAGUCCGGCCAGUUGGGCGCGAUACCCUCGAUCCUAUCCUUUUCCUUCUAUCCAGCCAUGAUACCGAAGUCCAGAGGGCUGCCAGUGCAGCGUUGGGUAACUUGGCCGUCAACACCGAUAACAAGCUUCUCAUUGUCAAACUUGGUGGCCUGGAGCCUCUCAUUCGACAAAUGCUCAGUCCGAACGUUGAAGUGCAAUGCAAUGCAGUUGGUUGUGUGACGAACCUUGCUACUCAUGAUGAUAACAAGACCAAGAUCGCAAAGUCUGGAGCGUUGGUGCCUCUCACUCGACUCGCACGGUCAAAAGACAUGCGGGUGCAGCGCAACGCUACCGGCGCGUUGUUGAACAUGACGCAUUCUGAUGAAAAUCGACAACAGCUGGUGAAUGCCGGGGCUAUCCCAGUUCUGGUUUCUCUUCUCAACUCUCCGGAUACCGAUGUCCAAUAUUAUUGUACGACCGCAUUGAGCAAUAUUGCUGUCGAUGGUGUGAACCGCAAGAAGCUCGCUCAAAGCGAACCCAAGCUUGUCGCCAGUCUGGUUCAGUUGAUGGAUAGCCCGAGUCUGAAGGUGCAAUGUCAAGCCGCUCUCGCUCUGCGUAAUCUUGCAAGCGAUGAGAAAUACCAACUAGAGAUCGUCAAGGCAGAUGGUCUUUCGUCUCUACUCCGCUUACUCCAAUCCGCUUACCUCCCACUCAUUCUUUCCUCCGCUGCUUGCGUUCGCAACGUCUCCAUUCACCCUCAGAACGAGUCACCCAUAAUCGAAUCAGGUUUCCUUCAGCCUCUCAUCAAUCUCUUGUCUUUCAAGGACAACGAGGAAGUGCAGUGCCAUGCUAUAUCGACACUGCGAAACCUGGCCGCAAGUUCGGAGAAGAACAAGCAAGCAAUUGUGAAGGCUGGUGCUGUACAGAGUAUUAAGGAACUUGUUUUGGAGGUUCCGACAAAUGUGCAGAGUGAGAUGACUGCUUGCGUUGCCGUCCUUGCACUCAGCGACGAGCUGAAGGGACAACUGCUGGAGAUGGGCAUAUGCGAGGUCUUGAUCCCUCUCACCAACUCGCCGAGUUCUGAAGUACAGGGUAACAGCGCUGCAGCUCUUGGUAACUUGUCAUCCAAAGUAGAUGGACGAUCGACCGGCGACGAUUAUUCUGCUUUUAAUGAAGUGUGGGAUCAGCCUGAAGGUGGCAUGCACCAGUACCUUUACCGCUUCCUUACAAGCCCCGAUGCCACCUUCCAGCACAUUGCUGUAUGGACGAUUGUGCAAUUGCUUGAGUCAGGCGGUGCGUUUUUAGGUUCUAGUUCGCGAGUUCCGCUAAAACUUCUCCAUUGUUAGACCCAAUAUUAAAUGCUCAUAUCCGCACUUCGCCCAUCUUGAUUCCGAACAUUCGACAGCUCGCUCAAACUCGCACCUCGUCUCCUGUAUCCUCUGUCGGUGGUACCCCACAUUCACCUCAUUCCCAACAUUCGUACCAGGAGACCGAGACAGGUGACGGCCAAGGCGAGAUCCAAAUGUUGGCCCGCCGUAUCUUGGAGAUCACGGAACAUGACGGCGAGGGUGCUUUGACGCCUAGUGCGUCUGCUUCACAAAUUCAGCCGGGCUCAUUUGCAGAUACAACAGAGAGCGCGAGUGGUCGGGACCAUGAGGAGUUGAGAAAGAGUGUUAGAGAGGCAUUUGCUGGUGGAUCUUCUACCCACUAGAUGCACCCACGUUUUGUGUGCAUUGUAUGAGGGUUAUACUUGAGGUUGAAAGGACAGUUAGUUGGACUUUCUUGCACUGUUUCUUAUGUUUCGUUAUUUCUUGCAUGUUCGCAUAGUUUUUAUACCUUCGUAUUCUCCUUGGGCUGUCUUCUUCGAUCUAAUGAAUCGUAAUGAUCCUCGCUAUGUACAUGUAUGAUUUCUCGCUCAUGUCACGGCACGUCUGAUAAUGUCUUUACAUUCAAGGUUAUAGUGUCUGCUGCUUGUCUGCUGCAGACAUUAUUGUGAGCCUGGACGCUGUC